UCAAGCAAUUUGCUUAAGUUUGUCGUUCACCUAUGUCACAUUCGAUGUCUUGAAAUUACGAGUUACUCCUUAAAGGUAUAGGGUGUUUCAUACUUUCAUCUGUUUUCAUUUUUUUUUUUUUUUGGUAACAUGUUUCAUACUUUCAUCUGAUGAUCAUAUGAAAGAUGAUGGGAAUCAUAUGCUAAUGAGUUUGCUUUCUUACUUUCGCCACUUUGCUGCAGUAUUUGGGUGUUGGUGCCUUGCCUGGAAAGCUGCCAGAACCAUUAAUAUAUCUGAAAAUUCUUUCUAUGAGUGUAAGCUUCACUGAUCUAGAGGAGAUUACAACUGCUCUAUGCCUCAUAAGUAGCUCUCCAGCUCUACAGGAGCUAGAGAUUUUUGUCCACCGUGACGAUGGGGAUGUUGUGGGUGAAGUGAAUUCUUGGUUAGAAAAUUUAGACGACAACUCGAAUUAUCAGUUCACCCAACUUCGAGGUAUAGAAAUAACUUGCAUCUCUGGUGCCAAAGUUGAACUAGAUUUGAUGAAAUUUCUGCUGUUAAGUUCACCUGUGCUUGAGCGGAUGACUCUUCAGCCCGCUUCUGGAGAUGGUUCUUUGAAAAUGUUAAAAAAGGUGGUCCAGUUUAGGCGUGCCUCAAUGCAAGCUGAGAUAAUCUUCUUGGACCCAUGAUUGAUCAAGAAUUACCCAAACAUAGUAACAAAUGAUGUUUAUCAUCUGCAGCUUAUAGACUUGGUUGCAUUUUGAUGAGUACAUUAAGUGCAACUCUUUAUGGUGCAUGUGCGUUUGGAUUUCUGAUGCUGUCUCAUAUUGGUUGUACUAUCUGGAAUUGUCAUUGUUGAGACUCGUUUUCAUUAGCUAGCAAAAUGUCUGGUUUUCCUAUGAAUCAGAUAAUGAGAAGCAUAGAGAUACUAGAACUCAAGUAUGAUGCUAAGAGGAUAAUAUACUCUUACCGCUAAAGAUCUCUGUCUUGGUUAUGGCACUGGUAGUACUGUAGUAGCAUAGGGUAGCAUAGCCCUAGACUAAGGAAGAAAUCAGUUUUCUGUUAAUUUCCAUUUAUUUUCAAGUAUAAG